CUAUGUCUGCCAUUUUCAAUUUUCAGAGUCUGUUGACUGUAACCUUGCUGCUUAUAUGUACCUGUGCUUAUAUCCGAUCCUUGGCACCCAGCCUCCCGGACAGAAAUAAAACUGGAUUAUGGGGUAUAUUUUGGAAGUGUGCCAGAAUUGGUGAACGGCAGAGUCCUUAUGUGGCAGUAUGCUGUAUAGUGAUGGCCUUCAGCAUCCACUUCGUUCAGUAGCUUGGAAAAAUGUCCGAAUUUAAUGGCCAUCAG